AUGUCGCUCGCUGUCGCAGCGCUUCGAAAUCCUCACAACGACAUAUACCAGGCGCUCUUCAACCGUCUCUGUCCGCCCAAGACGGACAGUACCCGCGUCUCUGCGCCCGCGAUGCUGCGCCGCCUUCGCAAGCUUGGAAUCGACAAGACGAACCCGUCCGAGCUCACGGAGGACGAGAUCAGUCGCGUUGCCCGCCUCGACAUCGACCCGGCGACGCGCACGUGGAACCGCGUCUUGAAUUCGUGCGACCGCUUCCUCUGUGGCAUCGCCACUGGCAAGGCACCGACCGACGAACGUGAAACCGGCUUGACAUUACGGUACAUGGCCGUCGCGAGCGAGCUUAUGGCUGUCUUGGCGCUGGCCACGAGCCUCGAUGACAAGUGCGAGCGCCUCGGCCGCAUGGUGGUGGGUAUGCGCCGCAAGGGCGACCCGGUCACGGCCGACGACCUCAUGUCGGCGACGCCGGUGCUCGUGCACACUGGGCCGUUUGCCAACAGUGCCCACGGCAACUCGUCGAUCAUUGCCGACCAGAUUGCGCUCAAGCUCGUGGGGUUUUUCGACAUCAAGUGCCGCUCCUUGGGCCUGCGCCCGCAGUGCGUCGUGCUCGUCGCGACCGUGCGUGCGCUCAAGACGCACGGCGGUGGCCCCACGAUCACGGCCGGCAACCCCGUACAGGCCGUGCUCGUCGACGACCCGCACGCUUGGUACUUGCGAGGUCUCGCCGCGUGCGCCCGAGGCCGCGGCGUCAACGCGAACGUGUCGCUGACCUCGAUCUUUGUGGCAUCGACGCGCCGCUUGAUCGCGUCUGACACGAGCCACUGCACGCGUGCGAAGCUCUGGACGACGGACUUUCGGGGCGUCUCCGAAACUGACGCCGCCACGGACCAAGCGCAAGGCUGAGGACGCCGGCGAAUCUUUUGUCCAAGACCGAGACUCCUCCGGCGCCGUUUCGAGCUCAUUCAUUGCCCACUCGCUGUGCGCAUCGACCCUUUGAAGAGCAGCGUGAGCCUCGGUAGCUCGCAAAGAUGGCCUCGCGCCACGACAUCGAAAACGAGAUGGGUAGCUCUCGUGACGCUUUGCACGUUUGCCGGCAAGAGCGUGCGCCAAGGUUGAAGCCGCCUCGUCCAGGCGCCAACGUCCCAUACGACGCUACGAUGUGUGCCAAGGCCGAGGACGAGUUGGCCGCCGACCGAAUGCAACAAAGACGAUGGUCACAUGCGCACAGAAAGACCUCGAGACUCGAUCUUAGUGAGCUAGAAUAAAAGAACGUAUUAAGAGAAUCUACUGUCCUCGC